GCUGCCCCUGCCGCCGCUGCCACUGCCGCCGCCGCCGCCGCUGCUGCUACUGCCGCUGCUGCUGCUGAGGAACAUCAAUAAUAACAAGGCGGGCGCAGAGCGAGGGAAGGCGGCUGCGAGGAGAGAGACACUUCCCCUGCUGCAAGGGACGCAGACACCACGGCCCUGGGAAUUAGAGCUCUCACCGCUGCAACCCUUUCCGCCGGGAUGGGACGCUAGGAUCGUUUUUGUUCUACUUCUCGCUCUUUUUAAUUUUUUUUCUUUAUUUUUAAAUAUUUAUUCCCCCCCCCCCGCCCCCGUCGUUUCGCAUCAUUUCUCUGACCAAAAAAUUCCCCCCCAACAUGGAGGCCCUUUGAUGCCUCCGCCAGCGGAGCCGGCUCCUCCCGCGGCUCUGGGAAGCCCUCCGGGCCGUGCCCUGAUUUUCCGAGGGCCGCCCCCGGCGCUCGGUCCGGGCGCUGAGGGGGGCUCCCCGCGGCCCGGCCCGCUCCGGUCCCGCGGCGCUGAGCCGGGAGCCCGCGCCCCGCCGGGCGGGAUGCCGCUGCGGCGGCCCGAAAGCCCCGCUGCCGCCUGACGGGGGGCUUCUCCUUCCGACGACGGGAACCUGAAUGUCACCCCCGCGGCGGCCGCCCGCGACGGAGGCGGCGCGGGACGUGCCCAGCGCGGCGUGAGGGGCGCAGCCGGCUCCUCGGGGCGGCGGGGCAAUCUUCGAUUCUUUAAUAUUAUUAUUUUAAAAUUUAUUUAUUCCGGCCCCCCAGCUCAGCCCCAAAGCACACCCCCGGCACGGCACAGCGCAGCGCCGAGCUGGACCGUGAGGAGUAAACGCUACUCGGCGGGGAGCGCGGAAGACGAGGUGGGGAGCGGCCCCCCCGGCCCCGGCCCGUACCCGGGUUAAUCGGUAACGCUGUGCAAACCCAGGUGGAAAAUGCGCCGUGCUCCGGACUAGGAGGGAGGCGAUGGUGCAGUGCCCCCGGCCACUCUGAGCGCCUAGCCGAGAAGACGCUGGGGCACCAGUAACAGAUGUGCAGUUUGGCCCUAUGAGACUUCAUCAAGAUCAACUUCAGGUACUUCUAGUGUUUGCCAAAGAAGAUAACCAGAGUAACGGGUUCUGUUGGGCAUGUGAGAAAGCUGGAUUUCGAUGUAAUAUUGCCAGGACGCCUGAGUCUGCGCUAGAAUGUUUUCUUGAUAAACACCAUGACAUUAUCAUUAUUGACCAUAGACAUUCCAGAUACUUUGAUGCAGAAGCAUUAUGCAGGUCUAUCAGAACAACGAAGCCCUCAGAAAAUACAGUUAUUAUUGGUGUAGUACGAAGGCAUGCUGAUCGUGAAGAGUCAUCAAUAUUGCCCCUGAUCGCUGCUGGCUUCACGAGGAGAUAUGUAGAAAAUUCUAAUAUAAUGGCCUGUUACAAUGAGUUGAUUCAGCUGGAAUUUGGAGAGGUGCGGGCACAAUUCAAACUAAGGGCAUGUAAUUCAUUAUUUACAGCAUUAGAGAAAAGUCAAGAAGCCAUUGAGAUCACAAGUGAAGACCAUGUAAUACAGUACGUCAAUCCUGCUUUUGAAACAGUGAUGGGCUAUCAAAUAGGUGAACUAAUAGGAAAGGAAUUAACAGAAGUGCCUAUAAAUGAAAAAAAAGCUGAUUUCCUAGAUACAAUUAAUUCCUGCAUAAAGAUAGGAAAGGAAUGGCAAGGAAUGUACUAUGCGAAGAAGAAAAAUGGAGAUAGCAUACAACAAAAUGUGAAGAUACUACCUGUCAUUGGACAGGGAGGAAAGAUUAGACACUAUGUGUCAAUUAGUAGACUGUGCAAUGACAACAAUAAGGCAGAGAAGACAUGUGAACGUGUUCAGGCUGAAUCUCAGACAGAUAUUCAGACUUGCAGACACAAAGACAGGAGGAAAGGAUCACUAGAUGUGAGAUCCACAACAUCACGAGGGAGUGAUGGCAGCUCACAAAGACGGCACUCUUCUAUGGCCAGGAUACAUUCCAUGACUAUUGAAGCACCCAUCACCAAGGUAAUAAACAUCAUCAAUGCUGCACAAGAAAGCAGUCCCAUGCCAGUUGCAGAAGCUUUAGACCGGGUUUUGGAGAUUUUAAGAACCACUGAAUUGUAUUCUCCACAACUGGGGACAAAAGAUGAGGAUCCGCAUACAAGUGACCUCGUUGGAGGGUUAAUGACAGAUGGUUUACGAAGAUUAUCAGGGAACGAAUACAUAUUGUCAGCAAAACAAACUCAUCAGGUUGCUGGCAGUUUGAUCUCUCCAAUCUCCCUCAAUGACAUACCCCCACGGAUAACACAGGCAAUGGAAAAUGAAGAACACUGGGAUUUUGAUAUCUUUGAACUUGAGGCUGCCACCCAUAAAAGGCCUUUGGUUUAUCUGGGUCUCAAAAUAUUUGCUCGCUUUGGAAUCUGUGAGUUCUUAAACUGUUCAGAAUCAACUCUGAGGUCAUGGUUACAAGUUAUUGAAGCUAACUACCAUUCCUCCAACUCCUACCAUAAUUCUACUCAUUCAGCAGAUGUACUACAUGCCACUGCUUAUUUCUUGUCUAAAGAAAGAGUAAAGCAAACUUUGGAUCCGAUUGAUGAGGUUGCCGCACUCAUUGCUGCCACAGUCCAUGACGUGGAUCACCCAGGAAGAACAAAUUCUUUCCUGUGCAAUGCUGGCAGUGAGCUAGCAAUUCUUUACAAUGACACGGCAGUGCUGGAGAGCCAUCACGCUGCCCUGGCUUUCCAGCUCACCACCCGGGAUGACAAAUGCAAUAUAUUUAAAAACAUGGAGAGGAAUGAGUAUCGAACCCUUCGCCAAGCCAUUAUUGACAUGGUCUUAGCAACAGAAAUGACAAAGCACUUUGAGCAUGUCAACAAGUUUGUCAACAGCAUUAAUAAACCCUUGGCAGCGCUAGAAGAAAAUGGGAAUAAUGGUGAUGGAGAGUCAAUCAAAACUGUUCUCACGUCCCCUGAAAACCGUAUCCUUAUCAAACGCAUGUUGAUAAAGUGUGCUGACAUUUCCAACCCAUGCAGACCCAUAGAGCAGUGUAUAGAGUGGGCUGGACGCAUCUCUGAGGAGUACUUUGCACAGACUGAUGAAGAAAAAAGGCAAGGUUUACCUGUUGUGAUGCCAGUUUUUGACAGAAAUACUUGCAGCAUCCCCAAAUCCCAAAUAUCAUUCAUCGAUUAUUUCAUCACGGAUAUGUUUGAUGCCUGGGAUGCAUUUGCAGACCUGCCAAAUUUGAUGCAGCAUCUGGAUAAUAACUUUAAAUACUGGAAAGGACUAGAUGAAAGGAAGCUGCGGAGCCUUCGACCACCACCAGAAUAGCAAUUAGACCAUGUAUUACAGUAAGGCUAGCCCAUGUGCUUGGAGAACUUUCAAAUUCAAGAGAACAUGAGGUCAGCAGUUGACUUCCACAAACUACCAUGUGUGGACUCCAAUGAAAUAAGCCUAUCAAGUGGAAUUACACUGGAUUGCUGCAGUACUUGUACUGAAGAGGGUUUAUUAGUGAACAUAUUUUUGCGACAUCUUCAUACCAGUAUGUGAAGCUGGAAGACCUUGAAGAAUCCUCAUAAAAAGGACAUUCACUAGAAGAUUUUGCUUAAUCCUCAAUCCUGCAAGUGAAAAAGAAAUAUCUAUAUUAAUAGAGACUCACAGCUUUUAUGAGAAAGCUACAUGCUUUUUAUAAGCACUUAAGACAGUUACAUAGAACAAUCAGACAUUUAAAAUGCAACUCUCUAUGAAGGAAUUUUUGAUCUAUGAAAAAUAGAUGUACUCUAUUUUUUCACAUCACAGAAGGUGCAAUCAUUCACUUCUGAGCACUACUGAAAGUGAGUUCUCUUUAAGAAAUUUAGUAGCAAAUGUAAAAAAUAACACAAGAAUUUUUGAGGUUGAUUGUUAGCAUCUAUGAUUAAAAUGAUAUGUUUUAUUUAUUUUGUUAGAUGUUCAAUAUUUUCUAUGAAUUUAUAAAUACUUAAAAGCCAAAGCCAACUUUAGAUGCAUUACAAAUUUACAUGAUUCAUACUCAUUAAUAUACAUUUAAUUGAUGUACAGACCUUUUAUUUUCAUAAUGCAAAUACAAAAUACUAUACAAUGAUACAUUUUUAUUGCACUGUAAGGAUAGAUGUGUAUGUUUAAAUAUUGUCUGAUUUAUGUUAAUUAAAAUAAGUUUUAUUGAAAAGGUCUCACUUGAGAAUAGUAGAAUAAACAAGAAAUGUAUACUGUCUGAGCACCAGAACUGCAGUAGUUCUCCCACAAACCAGUGGCGACCACCUGAUCUUCCCUUGGCUACAAAAAUAAUAAUAUGUUGGAACUUUUUGUUUUCUCCCAUGAAAUUUUAUGACUGAAUUCCCUGUCAAAGUCUGCCUUAUUUUAUAUAGUAUUUCUACAAAGCAUUCCACAGCAUAUAUGAAGAGGUAAUACCAAACACCUAAUGAAUUUCAACAUUUUAUAGCCUAUGUAUUUUCCUCUGCCAUGAAAGAAACACAAUGUAAAACCACCAACAAAAAUCUUUAACUCAAGAAGUUUGUAAAGGCUGUGUACCUUCACAAUUUGAAUGAAACCUUCAUAGCAAACACCAGAAAAUAAUAAAA